AUGCUCGGGGACCCCUUCACCACCCAAUGUUUCCAUUUGAGACCGCCUAGCCCAGGUGUGGAGGCCAUGUGGGAGCCUAAGCGCAUCACCCAAUGUGUUGCUGCAUUUCUAGUGGAAGAUGAGAUGCAUGAAGUGGAGAAAAAAUGGGCGUCUCGUAUUGCUCCAUUGAGCAUCCGGCUCAACCAUGAAGCCCCCGUCACCAAACACCCGUAA